AUGGCAUUGCUGCAGGGAAACCCGUUCCCUCUCCCUGUUUUCGCAGCAACCUUCUCGCAAGGAGCACGCUAUGCCCAAAGUGGACAGACUCAGUCUACCCCGGCCAACAACUCCUAUGGUCUGAAGAUAUACGGUGGUGUUGUUGCAAGUUGGGGGAUACAUGCUGCGCUGGUUGCUGAUAGCGACACAGCCGAAUAUCGCAAAUUCGGUGCCGACAGAUUCAAAAUGGCUGCGCAGGAACUUCUUUUCCCAUCGGACGGCAGCGAAGCUCACAAAUACAACGGUACCCUGACUCUGGUGAGGUAUGACGGCAAACACUGUAUGGAACACGAGAUUGUCAUAGAACACGAAGAACAUGUGUAUGUGCUGGCAACAUUGGUGUCGAACCUUGAGAAAGGUUUCAAGAUCUCACCACUUUCUGUCCCCCUUGAUGGCUCCUUCAGAAUAGUCCGUUUCGGACCGAUGCCAUCUCAACAGGUAAUGCAGCUGCUAUCUGCCGCCUAUCAAGAUGGACGGCACGUUCAAGACGGCAAUGUCAUGUAUUCCGAGAUCCAAGGGUUCCGUCUCGACUUUCAUGAGGUCAAUGAAAAGUGGCGGCGCGUGUGCAUCGACGGUCGGGUGGUCGUUGUCGAGGAAAAUGGCUGGAUGAAUGUGCACAAAGAGAGGAGGUCCCUAGUGAACAUCCUUUUGCCAAAACUCCUCCCCCAUAAUAAGGACUAG